UGAGUGUGUGAUUGUGUGGCUCUGUGCGUGUGUGUUUCUGUGCCUUCAGGCGUGCAUGUGGGUGCAGCAGCGUGAGGAGCAGAGGGUUGGGGGUCAGGGGUGCUGGACUAGCAGUCAGCUUGCACAUGCCUGGGGCAGCUGGAAGUGGGGGGCGGCAUGGAGGAGGAGGCAGCCACCCAAGCGGACCCUUCCUGCACCAGGGAACCUGGGCGGUGCUUUCCUGGAACCUGAAAACGUGCCCCCAGGGGCCUGGCUCAGCCCGGAAGCCUGCCACGCUUCAGUGACUGUUCCUCCAAGCUCCCCCCACACCAGUGCCCACCUGGGGUGUGAGGGGGACCAGAUGCUCCAGGGCAGGCGCUCUGGGCCAUGGGACAAAGGGACCGGGGAAUGGUCACUGCGGGAUGACCCAGGGCUGAGCGGCCAGGCCCGGUCAGGAGGGCAACUUGGUCAGCUGAUGGUUCCCACGGGCUGUCAUGGUUUUAGCCCUGUUGCAUGUGGCACUGGGCUGACAAGACAGGACCGCAGUGACUCAGUGUGAGGACAGGUGCCCUGAACCCGCUGUGAGUGACCCGAAGACAGCAUCUCUGGCACCAGAGGGGCCUAAGGCGAAGCCUUCUGGGGCGUCCAUGGAGCCCUGCCCGCCUCCCUGGAUAUCGCGACGUGGUUUUGCUCAAAUGCGGGUCAGGAUGCACCAGUGUGUGGACACCUUCCUGCAGAAUCUCUCUGAGGACAACAUGCAGGCGGCUGGGCGUCACCCACGCCUGUCCCCUCCUGGCUCGGGCAGGGCAGGGAGGUUUGCCGGUUUGGGGAUGAAGGAGGUGCCCGCUCAGUGCCCCCUCCUCACACAGACAACUGUCACACCUGUGUGCCAGGGCAGAGUGGGGGCCGCAGAGCUCAGUGACGGGGCAGAAGAGCAGCCUCCACGCUCCUCUCUCCAGGACGGACUCAGUGAGGACCUGUUUGGAGCUUUCGAAGCUCAGCUGGAGAACGACGACGACGACUCGCAGGUGGAGUUAACCCUGAUGAAUCUGGAGAGCUCAGUGACAGGAGAGCAGCCUCCACGCUCCUCUCCCCAGGACGGACUCAGUGAGGAGCUGCUUGGAGCUUUCGAUGUUCAGCUGGAGGACGACGACUCAGUGAGUUUGAGCUGCCGUCUCAGCCCCUUGUCCCUGCCCCCCCUUCCCCAUUGUGUUGGUGCUGCCACGUGUAGACAGAGCUCCCCUGCGUCCUGGAGCCCUGCCCUCAAUUCCAUGACACCGCACCCAGGCGGGCCUGCUGCUGGGCUCAGAUGUCAGGCAGGCGAAAGGCAGGUAUCCAGUCCUCUGCUCAACGAAGUCCGGCAGGGAGUCCGUUCUAGAGUCCGAAGGCCUCCUGGCCACAACCAGCCACAUGAUGUGCUAGCGGUCCGGGAGCCCAGGCAGAGCACUUUCAGACGCAUCCUUGAGCUGUUUGAGGAAAUGCUGCAGCGCCUGCAGCAGAGGUGGAGGGAUGCCCUGGCUUGGGUGCAGGAAAGGGCUGCUGCCUGCUUCCGGGGCUUGUGCAGGGCCCUUGAAGCUUUCUGGAGCCUGGUGCAGAGUUUUUGCUCCUCCAUGGGGCACGCCUUCAGGAGUGUCAUCCAGGUCUAAGGUGCUCCAGGUGAAAUAAGAAUUUCUAAAGCACAACCUCCCCCCUCCUUGGCUAAAAAGGCAGCUGUAAGCCUUUCCAGCUGUGCUCGCCUCAUACCACCCUUCUUGUAAUAAUGUAGCAGCUGGGUGCCCUCUGCCCAAGCCAGCAGCCCUGCUAAUGGUGUACCCAGCAUUUCUUAUCUGUUCCGCUUCUGUCACCUAGCUUGCUCAGACAGGGAGGAAGGAAUACUGUGCUCGGGGAAGGGGGAAGGUCCGGGAUGCUUACCUGGAAAGAUCAAGACCUUGACGUGUGUAAAAGCUGCCGAGAACAAAGACCUGGUGCUCAGACUCUGGAGGUGGCUCCUCCGAGCCUGCACCGGUGCUGAAUAAAGCUUGCUUUUCCAUAUCUCUGAGUGCCGUUUGUCUCCUUCCACUGCCAAGGUUUUUGCGGUUUCCGCAACACAAGGGGCCCGGGAAGCAGCUUGGCGUCUCCUACAAGGCCUCAGGUGUCCUGCUUCUCAGAUGGAAGCUUCUGAAGGGACCUUUUUCUGCUCCUCCCCCUCGACCCAGCCUCAUGGCUCCCCUUCCCUCCUCUCGCUCCAGGACUCUGCCAGCCCGCCCUUCUGUCCUACCCAGCUUCCUGCUCCAGCUGGGACCCGCCUGUCGCUCUAGAGCUAAUAUCCUAAUAAAAGUUGUUUGAGGAGUUCCCA